AUGCCAAUUCAUUUCUUCACCGAAUCACAACGCAAUUUCGGCGAUACCAGACGUGCAAGUCUAACCCGAGAACCAAAAGGAAAGGAAAAGGAAUCAUACGUUGAUCAUGUCGAAUUUCCUUAUGACCAAGAAUCUGCUGCAGCGCUCUUACCAAAUUUCACUGCUAAUGGAUCAACUAGCAUAUCAUCCAAUGAAUCAUCUACAAGAUAUCCCUACUUGUAUCCUGCACCUCAACCAACACCAAGGCCCACAUCUCCAAGGAAACAACGCACUUCCCUCUUGUUUUCUCUCGUUCGCAAAAAACCUGAUUCUACUAGCCAUAUUCCUCAACAUGCUCACCCAAUGGUCAUGCCAGGUGUCAUAGAAAUAUCCCGUCCAUAUUCCUAUGUCCAAGAGGAAGAGGAACGAGAGAGACUCAGAGAUGCUGCUGCUCAGAGUAUCGGUCUCGUCGACUAUCCUACCAGUGAACACCCAGAGGAUAUCCGAGAGGACCAAGUGCCCCCAUCAGCAACCAUUGACUCACAUAUAUCUGAGCCUUCUCCUAUACCUCCACCACCCAUAUCCUCACCAACUCCAACUAUUUUACCUCAUCUCCCGCCUUUCCCCACAACCCUCGCCUCCCUCAGUUCACGUAUCACACUCACAGGCACAUUUCCCAAAUUCUGUCCCUCAUCCUCCCUCCUAAUCUACGCCCUCGCAAAGCAGUGGAAGACAAGAUCCAUAGUCCUCACAACUGCGACCUCAGCUGCAUCCCAGACAGUCACGCACCUCCAUCUCUUCAAAUCAAAUAUCCCCUCAUCCUCAGAGCUUCAUCGCCUGCCUAUCACCCAAGACACUGCUAUCUACGUCACAGAGCAAUCUGGGCCUAGUAUGAACUCCACGCGGACCAGCACUCUCAGCAAACGCGAGAGCAGGAACGGAGCGAGAGGCAGCGGAGGCAAGUCAAACGGCUCAGUGGUUGCUAUUGAGCAAGGCGAAAUUAUUUGGCAUUUCGAGAUGCAAGAUCCGAGUGAGAGACAGAAGUGGAUUGGUGCCAUAAAGGCAAUUGUCCUGGGUCAAAGAUCCAUGCGUGCAGGUCUCACUGCAUUACCCCACAUCACUGGGCACGAACCCCGCGGAGAUAUGGAUGUCAUGCUCUCCAUGCGACUCCAAGCAUCAUUAUCUUCCGCAACAUCCCCUAUAUCACCUUCGUCACCCCGCACCUCAUCAUCUUCUCCACCUGUCUUGGCAGGUUCCCUUCCCCUAUCACAGCCUACAUCCCCAAUCAGAGGCUCCCUAUCGCUCGAAGCCAUGCGUUCCCAGCCGCACACAAGGUCCUCGACACCCAACCCACCUGAAGACACCUUCACGCGUGCAUCAAGCAUCAGGUCAACGAGGAAAUCACAAAACCACAGUUCCAACGUCCAUAGAUCCGGCCCGAACUCUGGCUCUUCCUCCCCAACGCCAUCCAUCCGCCUCCAAUCCAAGCGCUCAGGCAACAUUCCUACUGCCGUGCUCUCCCAAACGCACUCUUCCAAAUCCUCCACGUCCACUACGAGGACCAUCAAGGGCAUGUUCACACCUCGCUCUCGUUCUCCGUCCUUGUCUCUCAACGGACACGGACAUGAGCGCGAAAGCGAGUAUGCAGAAGAGAGCUUUGGGACGGUGGGGAGCAAUUUAAUGAGUAUUACCAGUGGCGCAGGCAUAAGCACCAAGAGGAGUAGUUCGCCGAUGCGCCGGGACUCACCUGUACCCAGUGUGGCAUCGUCAGGGGCCGAUGAAUCUAAUGUGCAUUUGUCAAACGGGAGCAUCUACAACGGGAGCUUGUCUAACGGUCUCUGUGGGACCUCGAGUACGUGCUGCUCGAACAUGUGCUGCGCAAGCAUCAACGGUAUCCCCGCUUGUGAUCUCAAGAUCGUCAAAGAGGAUGAACGGUGGGCUCCUUCGCCAUCUACGACUGCACCUCUGUCGCAUACACUUUUUCACUCGCAUUCACACUCACAUUCGCAUUCGCAUUCUCUCCACCCGCCCCCGCGGUGCAAAAAGCAGACACCCGUGCACCCACUUGCAGACGCGCUAUCUCAGCAAAUGAACACAAGUACUAUGCCUGGCAUGCAGACCUCCACCGUGACCGAGGACUGUCCAAGUACCUCAGCCACCCCACGCUCCAUUACUCCCAUCCCCACGCCCACGCUCAACCCAGCACGUCUAUCUGUGCAAACAACCUCCACAACAUCUUCCACUAUCGAAAGAUCGGUCUCGUCAGCGUCAUCCUCCACGCCUCGUCGGUGGUCUCGUACCCUCCCGAAGCGGUUAACACCCCCCAGUGGCCCACUACCGAUGACGCCACAAACUCCGCAGGAGUCUGAACCAAGUGUGAGUCCUGCCAGUGCGGGUUCUGAGAAUCUUAGUGCUGGGUUCUGGAAGAGGACGAGUGGGUCGAGUACUAUGAGUAGUGUGAGUGUGAGGUCGGGGUCUGUGCAGCGGACGAGUACGGUUGGGUCUUUUGGUUCAGGGGUUGGCAUGGGUGGAAGUAUUGGUGUGGGUAGUAAACGCCGCUCGAUGCCUCCUCCGCGUCCUGCUCCGAGCUUUGCGCCUCCUCCUGCGCCCGAGCCACAACAGCAGCCUCAAUCCCAACCACAGUCCCAGAAAACGCUAUUCAGAACGUCUGUUGCUCAGCGCGCGUUGAGGCUCAGCCUGACCGCACCUCGUCCACCACCUUCAGGUGUCCUUCCACCGCGUCCGGAUGAACCUGCAUACGCACAGUCUCACCGUAACAGUGCAGAAUCAUCAAUAUCAACAUCAGUUCCUCCUCGUCCUGAUAGCGCCGCUUCUGGGCGGAGCAUGUCUAUCAAGCAGCGUCUGCGGAUUCUUAGUGCUCCGUCGUCUCCGUCCCCUGUUGUCGCGUCCCACGAUACUGAUUCCGAUCUCACACCCCACCAAAUCGUGCAUCCUGUGAUUGCUACACCGCCUGGUAGGAAUAGGAGUAGGAGCAGGAGCAGGAGCCCAGCCAGCAGGGCCAGCACUAGCAGCACCACCCAUUCACAACCCCAAACGCCUCCCCUCCCAGGCACGCCCAUAACAACGAUGCAGAAUGACCCAGGCUUCUUAUCGCCGAGCACGCAAGUCCUGCUUCCGACGAUCCCGCCACGCAAUCCGCUCCGUCCGUUACGACCGCAGCGCCUUCAAAGUGCUCCAGAGAUAAGGGCUCUGUCACCGCCUCCGAGACGGGGGAGUAAGCAGCUUAUAGCGCAGUGUAUUGCUGAAGGUGGGGAUGGGAGGGAGAAGGAGAAGGGGGUGGAUGGGGGUGUGGAGAGUGAGCUCCCGGACUUUUCAGAUAUUCGGGCGAAUGCGUCUUGGGAGUGA